GCUAACAGCUUUCGGAAGAUCCCCCAACAGCAACUUCCAGCGACCCGCUUGAUGUGUGGCUUUAGUUGUGUUAUAAGUGCGUUAGCGUCCGCACACUAGACGGUCGCUGUGGUUUUGCUUAGCCAAAAAGCUUUUGGUUAGCACGCGAUUUCCAACGUAUUUUACGAGACGAGACUAUCGCUGGAUUUGAAUGAGGAAAUAGGCACAGCGAUUUGUUGCUGCAUUCGUACGACAGUGAAUGCGAUUCCUUGUUGCCGUUUGCAACAGAACAGGUUCGCGCGUGCAAUUUUUCGCAGGUUUAAUAAGCCCAGCAACCAACAAUUCUUGUUGAUGGUUUUGGUUGUCGCCUGAUAUUCAGCCGUUUUAAAUGAAGUGAUGUUUUAAACUUAAUGCAGCAUUAAUAAAAGAUUGUAAUAACUCAAAAAAAAAAAAGAAAAACAGUCAAACAGCCUUGCCAAAGCUGUAAGCCUACUUGUGCAAAAAAAAAAACACACACACACACACACACCGAAACUGAAACAUAUCAAAAAUGGCUGUGGAUUACGUAUUGGAAGAUUUAAUGGGCAAAUUAGGUGAAUUUGGACGUUAUCAGGCAUUCCAAUUUUUCCUGCAAGUUCUGUCCGCACUAACGGCUGGUUUGCACAUGCUCUCCUUGGUUACAGUGCAAGCAGUUCCCGAACAUCGUUGCUUUAUCGAAGGAGUAGACAAUACCAGCUAUUCAUACGUACCUUGGAAUUCAUCAGCAAUACUGGCCGCCAUACCUCUUAAGGAUAAUGGUGAACUGGAUUCUUGCCACAUGUAUGAUGCUACAAACAAUACGGUGCCCUGCGAAUCCUAUGUCUACGACAGAACGUACUAUGAAACGUCGAGGACAAUUGACUGGAAUUUUGUGUGCGACCGCCGUUGGAUGGGAAGCAUUGUGCAGACGGUUUUCAUGUUGGGUGUUUUCACAGGUGCUGUAACAUUGGGCGGUCUGGCCGAUAAGGUGGGACGCAAAACCGUCUUCUGUUGGUCUGCCUUGCUGCAGUUGAUUAUUGGUGUGGCAGUGGCUUUCAUUCCAGAGUAUUUUUCAUAUAUGGUAGCUCGCUUCUUCUUGGGCAUCUUUGGUUCGGCCGGUUCGUAUAUCUGUGGUUUCGUCUUAACUAUGGAGUUGGUGGGACCAAGCAAACGUACUGCCUGUGGCAUUACUUUCCAGGCUGUGUUUGCAGCAGGCAUCAUGCUAGUAGCUGGUUGGGGAGCUUUAAUCAAGGAUAGACAAAUCCUCCAAGUUGUAUAUGGUCUGCAUGGUGUUUUGUUCUUGGCACAUUGGUGGAUCUUGGACGAGUCGCCUCGCUGGUUGUGGAUGCAGGGUCGCGCCGGAGAAGCCGUGGACAUAGUCGCCAAAGGUUUAAAAAUUAAUGGAUCUGGCAUACCAGUGGACAAAGAGUACUACAUGCAAAAGGCUAAAGCUCAGCAGGCCGCCGAGGAAAAAUCCAGUGCAGGAUUGGCCGACCUAUUCAAGACUCCAAAUUUGCGCAUGAAAACUUUGAAUGUCUGUGUCUGCUGGUUUGCCAACUCAUUGGUUUACUACGGUCUAUCUCUGAGUGCUGGAAAACUGUACGGAAAUCCAUUUUUGAUUCUAUUCAUCAUGGGCCUCGUUGAAUAUCCGAGCUACUUUACAAUUGUGUUGGUACUGGAUCGUUUGGGUAGGCGUCCCAUCACAAGUACUCUUAUGAUUGCCGGUGGCAUAUGUUGCAUUGUGGCCGCUUUCAUAGCACAGGGCAGCACCACCUCGACCACCAUUGUGAUGAUCGGAAAACUUUUCAUUGCUGGUUCGUUUGCGGUAAUCUACAACUAUUCGGCCGAACUCUUCCCAACGGUUGUGCGUAAUUCUGCAAUGGGGUUGGGUUCUAUGUGUGCACGUUUAUCGGGGGCUCUCACGCCACUUAUAACACUACUGGACUCCUUCGAUCCGAAGAUCCCCGCUGUGGUCUUCGGUCUAAUAGCCCUUCUCUCCGGAUUCUGGGUGAUGUUCUUGCCAGAAACCAUGAAUCAACCAAUGCCGGAAUCCAUAGAAGAUGGCGAAAACUUUGGCAAAGGCGACACAUGGUUUAGCCAGUGUGCCGGUAGAAAACCCAAUCGCAAUAGCAGCUAUCACGAUGAUCCCGAGCAGAUGGUGCCUCUGAAAACCAUAGAAAGAAAAUGAAUUUAAUUCGAAGAAUUGGUUGGUUUUGUUGCAAUGCUCACCGCCCCAUUUACAGCUCCGCAGUGUGUUCCACAAACAAAGUGCCACAUUCCAAAUCCUGUGUAUUGCCCUACUUUUUUGUUUUGUUUGUUAUCACAUCCUCACUUGCCUCCCUUUAAAAGCAUGUAUGGAUUUUAUUUUUAAUUAAAAAAAAAAAACUCAAAAAAAUUA